CCAUCACUGUCGGACGCCUGAGCCGCAUUCGACUGAAAUAAUUACAAUAUUCCACAUUAGUUGUAAAAAGUAUUACAAAUGGCUGAUGUGUUGGACAUUGAUAAUGCUGAGGAGUUUGAGGUCGACGAGGAUGGUGACCAAGGCAUUGUGCGCUUAAAGGAGAAAGCUAAACACCGCAAGGGACGCGGUUUUGGUGGCGAGAGCAACACUCGCGAGACCAUACAUAGUUAUGAGCGCGUGCGAAAUGAGGACGACGACGAGCUGGAGCCUGGACCUCAGCGCUCUGUGGAGGGAUGGAUUCUGUUUGUCACUUCGAUUCAUGAGGAGGCCCAAGAGGACGAAAUACAAGAGAAGUUCUGCGACUAUGGCGAAAUUAAAAACAUACAUUUGAAUUUAGAUCGGCGUACUGGUUUUUCGAAGGGAUAUGCUUUGGUAGAAUAUGAAACGCACAAGCAAGCGCUUGCAGCAAAGGAAGCUCUUAAUGGCGCCGAGAUUAUGGGGCAAACCAUUCAAGUAGAUUGGUGCUUUGUCAAAGGACCAAAACGUGUGAAAAAGUCAGAAAAACGUCGUAGAUAGAGCAUCCACAUUCUAUCGAAGAGCUACAUACUCCAUAGAAGAGUAGUUUACAUAGGUUUAAUAUAUCAGUACCGAAAUAAAUCCAACUACAUAAAGAUA